AUGAAGAACUGCGAGUACCAGCAGAUCGACCCGCGGGCUCUGUCGGUGUCGCCCGCGUCCGCCCAGAACCACGCCGAGAAGAAGGAGCAGCGGCCGGUGAGGAAGUGGGAAGUGUUCCCAGGGAAGAACCGAUUUUUCUGCGAUGGCCGGAUCAUCCUGGCCAGACAAAGCGGCGUCCUUCCUAUGACACUGGGCCUUAUUGUUGUCACGUGUGGCCUUUUCUUUGCGUUUGAUUGCCCAUUCCUAGUGGAGCAUCUCACCGUCUUCAUCCCCGUGAUUGGUGUGAUGCUGUUUGGGUUCGUGGUCGUCUCCCUCCUGAGAACCAGCUUUACAGACCCGGGCAUUCUACCCAGGGCCACCCCUGAUGAAGCUGCAGACAUAGAGAAGCAGAUAGAUACCUCAGGAUCCUCUACGUAUCGCCCUCCUCCCCGCACAAAGGAGAUCCUCAUCAACCAGCAGGUGGUAAAGCUCAAAUACUGCUUCACUUGUAAAAUGUUCCGGCCUCCUCGAACCUCCCACUGCAGCCUGUGUGACAACUGUGUGGAACGGUUUGAUCAUCACUGCCCAUGGGUGGGAAACUGUGUGGGAAAACGCAACUACCGCUUUUUCUACAGCUUCAUCAUCUCUCUGUCUUUUCUGACAUCUUUCAUAUUUGGCUGCGUUGUUACACACAUUACUCUACGUUGUCAAGCUGGUAAAAGCCUUGUUCAAGCCAUUCAACAGAGUCCUGCUAGUGUGGUGGAGGUGGUGAUUUGUUUCUUUUCCAUCUGGUCUAUAUUGGGCCUCUCAGGCUUCCAUACAUACUUAGUAGCCUCAAACCUCACAACAAAUGAAGAUAUAAAGGGCUCUUGGUCAAGUAAACGGGGUGCAGAGGACUCUGGGAACCCUUACAGUCACAACAGCAUUAUAACAAACUGCUGUGCAACGUUAUGUGGUCCUAUGCCUCCAAGUCUGAUCGACAGGAGAGGAUUCUUGCCAUCCGAUCAGGCGAUACCUUCUGCUUCGGAGAUAGAGCUUCCUCCCUUUGUGGCCAAGAAUGACACACACAUGUGCACUCAGAGCACCAAGGAUGUGCUAGAGAUGAUGGUGCACGCCUCCGACUUCAACAGCCUGUGUCCCGCUGGCACUCCAAAGACCGCUCCUCUGGGCCUGGAGGCUUCUAGCGCAGAACCACCUUCCACAGAGCCUUCAUCACCUGCUGGGUGCUCCCAGCAUCAUACCUGUCAGUCUGUGGCUGCUUCUUGGCCUCCGUUCAGUAAAAGAAGCAAGAGAGACUCGCUGCACUCAAUCAACCCAGCCUUUCGUCUGGCUUCUCCUUCCCCUCCCUUAAGCCGAACCUCUAUGAUUUCGGGUCAUGAGCCAGAAUUCGGCUUUAUCCCGCCAUUAUGAAUCGCCACACACUGUGUGUCAUUAGCAAAUGUAUUUGGCAUCGACAAGUGUUUCAUUGUGGUGAUCAGAUUUUGUGUUGCUGUUUGUUUAUUUUUUUUUUAAAUGUCAUUCUGAUGAGUGGACUAAGAGGUUUCUGUACGUCCUGAUGUUUGUGUACUUUAGUAAGCGGAUAAAUCUUAGUAACACUUGGAAGCACAAUAUAGAGAUAUUUUCUUAAACACCUUUUUUAUUGAGACACCCACCUGCCUCCACACCUUCCAGAGAACCUCAAGCCAUACGUCACAGUCGCUGUAUUUCAGUUCCUGCUAAUAUCUUAUGCAAACAGUCUUAAAAUCUGGGAAUGCUCGCUGUCAGAGUUUGGUUUGCUGAACAGCCGAGCUCUGAGCAGCGAGCCGUGUUAAUCGCUUGCCGUGUCAUUUCCUGUCACGUAGACAGAAUACUUAUGGUGUCAUUAGGUGGGUCUGCUUUGACAGCGUUUAGAUAAAUAAAUGAUUAGUCUAAUGGAAAGGGUGCAGUUUGUAUUUUUCCUGUGUGCGGAUGAAUCAUUUUUUUGUAUAGUGGAAAUUUAAUUUUGCAUGUCUUGUACGUCAGAUGCUUGUCUGAAUAAGGAGAUUGUAACAAAAACGGUUGUUUGAAACAAGCAAAACAGAGACUUUAAGAUUAUUUAUUAAUGUCUGAUGGCAUAAAUUGAAUGGUUUUAUCAAGUUUGUUGGGGUGUUUGGAUCAGAUCAGCCGCCAGACAGUGAUUGCAGUGUUUACACUGACAGUUUUCUCUUGAUGUCCUGGCUUUAGUGCCAGCCAGGGUUUUUUUUCUCUACCUGUCCUUGCUGUUUUGGUUACUGACUGGAGCAGAGUGGUGUUUGAGGCAUGUUGAUGAGGCCUAUUCGAGGGCAGUGGUGAUUUUUAUGGCUCUGACCUUUAGAGCUGUUGCACCAUGAAACCGAACCCUGCCUCUGGGAUGGGGCAGAAGUUGGUUUGUGCCACUAGGGGGCAGGCGGUGAUUGUGGUUUGGGUCCUGGGCAGAGGGAGAUUUUGCAACGUAAAAACGAUUAGACAGUCAUUCUGUGCGUUAUUAUUAUUUUUUUGUGAUUGAGCUUCAGAACUGUGCAGGUUGUGUGUGUUGGGUGGAGCUGUAGUUUGUGUAGAGACAAUUACAAGCAGCGCUUGUAUGAACAAACUUGUAUGAACAAACUUGUAUGUAUUUUGUAGAAUGUAACAGUGGAACUGUAACAUUUGGCUAAUAAAAGUGAUAGGAUUUGUUGAA